AAAGACGCGACCGCAAACAGCGACAUCUUCUCGAGCAGCGUUUGGCUAGGACGAGUGUCCGGAGUAUUCUUGCAAAAAUGUGUAAAGUCAACAUGUUGAGGGCUUUUCUAAACCAGCGAUUAAGUGUGGCCAUUGAAGAAAUAGUAGUAGUGUUCGAACGAACCAUAACGGAGUACGAGGAGGAACUUUGUCGUGCGAAAGAGGAAAACGUGCGACAACGUCAACUGCUGGACUCGCUUUUUGUGCCUCAGUAUACCUUACAGAGAACAGAAGUCAGUGAAGAAAAGUUUUAUCCUGAGCAGCACAAGCCAGAACCCCCCCGCAUCAAGGAGGAAGAGCAGGAGGAUGACAUCACCAAUUUGCCCGUGACUGUUGUCCCUGUGAAGAGCGAAGGAGAUGCGGACAAAAGUCAAAGUGAGGAGAAACAUUGCGUCGAACCUCAAAGUGGCAGCUCGAGUCAACACUCGACUAAACAACAUGACGAAAACUGUUUUGGAGGAUUGCGAGCAGAAAGCUAUUUAGCUCCACUCUCCGAUACUGACGACGUCACGCCUCACUCGGCCGACAGCGAUGAAGAAGACAACUCCAGAGGUGAUCCGACAUACCAUGUCGGCAACAAACACUGGAAAUGUUCCCAGUGCGACAAAACGUUUGGAGUCAAGAUGAAUCUGAAAAGACACAUGAUCAUCCACACAGGAGAAAAACCUUUCGCCUGCUCUGUUUGUGGCAAACGAUUCACUCAGAAGGCACACUUGACGUCGCACUUCCGAACACACACUGGAGAGAAACCCUUCGCCUGCUCGUAUUGUGGGAAAAGAUUCUCCCGAAGCGAGUGUUUGAUCACGCACACCAGAACGCACACUGGCGAAAAACCAUUCCGCUGUAACGUUUGCGAUCAGAGAUUUUCGUAUAAGUACAAGAUUAAGAAGCACAAGUGCGUGGGUGAGAGGAGCGGCGCAAAUGCAACGGCAUUUCGCUCUGUGUUCACUUGUUCAUACCAGAAUGACAAAUAGUCGGUUUUUCGCCUAUCUAUUAGACUUCUCACUAAGUGAAAGUGUGAUCUCCAAAAAUUCUACCGGGACCCGCAUCACUAUCUCAAAAUUUUGUAUUGUUCUGGAUUUAUAUAUAAUGUCAAUUAACCAGAAA